GUGAUGAAUGCGGAAGUGCACGUCAUACUUGCUGGCAGAGCAGCAGCAGCAGGCAAAGGAGGUGGAGGCUGGUGUUGCUUCCACGCAGGAAGUGGAGCCCUAUAUAUGCCGCCUCCUGCACGCCCACCUCGUUAAAAUCAAGGGGAUUCACUUCUAGGUGUGCAUCCUGAGCAAAAAGGAAAAUGUCGUGGAUAAGAGAGGGAGAACUGUCCCUCUUGGAGAGAUUCUGUGCCAGUGUCAUCAAGGCAGGGCCAAUGCCAAAACACAUCGCGUUCAUCAUGGAUGGCAAUCGCCGUUAUGCCCAGAAACAUAAAGUGAAGAAACUGGAGGGGCAUUCACAGGGAUUUGCAAAACUUGCACAGACAUUGCAGUGGUGCCUGAGUCUGGGUGUUCGUGAAGUCACAGUUUAUGCCUUUAGUAUUGAGAAUUUCAAGCGACCCCGAGAAGAAGUGGAUGGCUUGAUGCAAUUGGCAAGAGAAAAGUUCACUCGUCUUCUAGAAGAACAGGAAAACUUGGAAAAACAUGGGGUGUGUGUCCGAAUCCUUGGAGACCUACCCUUGCUGCCACGAGAUAUCCAGGAACUGAUUGCCAAGGUUGUGCUGGCAACAAAACAGUACAAUACGUGUUUCUUGAAUAUUGCCUUUGCGUAUACAUCAAGAGAAGAAAUCAGCAAUGCGGUAAAAGAGCUGGCUUGGGGUGUCGAGGAAGGGCUGCUUCAACCCAGUGAUGUGUCAGAAUCGCUAAUUGACAAAUGCCUGUAUAGCUCCAAAUCUCCUCACCCAGACAUCCUGAUCAGAACCUCUGGAGAGGUCCGGCUUAGUGAUUUCAUGCUUUGGCAGACGUCCCAUUCUUGCCUGGUGUUUCAGCCUGUGUUGUGGCCAGAAUAUUCUUUCUGGAAUUUAUGGGAAGCUAUUCUUCAGUUCCAGAUGAAUUACAAUGCUUUGCAGAAAGCCAGGGAUUUAUAUAUGGAGGAAAGGAAGUGGCAGCAGAUGGAGACCGACAAGGCCUGCGUCUUGGAGAAGCUGAAGGAGGAGGGGUCUGCAUCCUGUGCGGAUGCUCAGAGACGGAGGACACUCUUGCAGGAAUUAAGGGCAGAGCGGGAAGAGAGAGUCCAGGGUUUUUUGGAAGCGCUGGAAAACAAAAGAAUGGACUUCCUAGAAAAAUUGACAGUGGCAUCUGCAUGACGAGAAGAGCUUGUUGGGCCCGAAAUUGGGACAGAAAGGUGAUGGGGAGGGAAAACAUGAGCCGAGACACAAAUAGUCCAGCUGCUACACAGAAGGGUUCAUUUACAGAAUGAAAACAUAAGUUUGGGUGUAUAUGCAAGACUUUACCUCAGGUUUGGUGAAAGUGUGGUCCUCCAAUUAUUGCACGACUACAACUCCCAUCAUACUUAAGCAUUGACCACACUGAAUGGGGCUGGUAUGAGUUGGAGUACAAUGACAUGGGACCAUGAGUUUCUUGUCCCUGCUUUACUUCUGUAAUUUUUCCAGUUAUGACCCACUGUGCGGUUUGGGAACCUAUUGGCCGAAGGAGAUUUAUGUUAUCUCACUUGAUUAUGGUUUUAAGAUAGCAGAAGGAGAAUUUGUUGUAGGUUCUGUUAAUAAAUAAAUAGAGUUGGUACACAUGUGGGAAGAACUGUGCAUGCAGUAGGGAUUUUAUUCCAUUUCCCAGCAUACCAGCACUUUUAUAUUACAAAUCAAGAGGCAAUAAAAUCCAAAUGAUCCGUUGUGAUGAGUAAACCUUUCUCAGCCGCAUCAAAAGGUGCUAGCUUUUGAAAUUCACUGAAUUCUUCCUUAGUCAAAAGAAGCCAGUGAGCCUUGAAAACUAGUAUGAUAAAUCUUGCAACUUUCUGUGGCUAAUAAAACUGUUACCAUGGUGUGUAUUUAGGGUUUUCUUGCACAACUAACACACCUACUGUCGCAUUUUUUUCAACAUUCUAUAAAUCUGUGUGUAAUGAAGUCUAAAAAUGUUGCUAUUGGUAAAAUUAAGAGGGUAAUCUUGUGUGCACACAAAUAAAUGGCCAUCUGGAAUGAGGUCAAUACUUUCUCAAAGCACUGUUUCGGUCUCCAUUUGGGAGAUAGUUAUGUCUUACAAUUUUUCAUCCUUAACUCUUCAAUAUGAACAUAUGGAGAACAAGAUUACCCAUGGAAGUCCAGAAAAGCAUAUUUUCAAUCUGUUGGGAGAGGACUAUUAUCUUCCUUAGAGGUUUGGAAAAUGGUACGUAAUUUUCAGGAGAACCCGAUGCAGCAUUCAGUUUGUUUGUUUCAUUUUGGAUGGCAUUACCAUAUAUAUAAAAUCUGUGAAGAUUAAAUUGUCAGGCUUUUUCAUAAAAGACUUGUGACAGUCAUCUUUCAUGCAAAAAACAAACAGAUGAUCAUUAAAAACAACUAUUUUAAGGCUAAA